AGGAAGAAUCAGCUGAGGGAGGCUUACUGCAACAACCUGUGGGAUGGAGCCAGGAAGACUCUGGCUACUCUGUGGGAUGGACAUGGAGCCAUAUGGCAUGGCUAUGAGAUCCAUGGGAUGGAGAAGAUACCUAAUGAAGGACCAGCAUUGAUUGUGUACUAUCAUGGAGCUAUUCCCAUCGACUACUAUUACUUUCUGGCCAGUGUUAUCAUCCAGAAGGGACGGACCUGCCACUCAGUAGCUGACCACUUCCUCUUUAAGAUCCCAGGUUUUAAGUUACUGUUGGAGGUGUUCAGUGUGAUCCACGGUCCUCAGGAGGAGUGUGUGCGGGCUCUGAGGAAUGGUCACCUGCUGGGGAUUUCUCCAGGAGGAGUGCGGGAGGCUCUGUUCAGUGAUGAGACCUACCCUCUUCUCUGGGGCAAACGCAAAGGCUUUGCCCAGGUUGCCAUCGAUUCUCAAGUGCCAGUAAUUCCAAUGUUUACUCAAAAUGUGCGAGAAGGCUUCAGAUCUCUGGGAACACUAAGGUUUUUCCGCUGGGUCUAUGAGAGGUUCCGUCUCCCUGCAGCUCCUGUUUAUGGAGGAUUUCCUGUGAAGUUCCGAACCUUCCUUGGUGAUCCCAUCCCGUAUGACCCCAACAUAAGUGCUGCAGAGCUGGCAGAAAAGGUGCAGCAGGCAGUCCAGUCUCUGAUAGACCAGCACCAGCGGAUCCCAGGGAACAUCUUGAGAGCCCUGUUGGAGAGAUUUCACACCAAACACAAAGACCAGUAACAUCCGCAGCACCACAGCAGAACAGAGACAAAGUGUGUGACGCGUCACGUUGGCUCAGACGGCUGCAGUGUGCACAGAAGCAGUUAAAGAGUGACGGAAAAGGAGUACAUGCUCUAUCAGGGCCCUGGAUUGACGUGACAGAUGCUUGUAAUGAUACACUGUAAGAGCAUGUUGAGUUUGCACAUCUUUAGUUUCACUUGACUUGUAGCAGAGAGGGAAACACACUAACUUCUGGGAAUAGAUGGAGUCUCAUGGAGCAGAGCAGACAGAGCUGAACCCAGUGGUUCAGGUUUGGCCCACUUUAAAAAGCUUUCUGGUUUUGACUUGUCAUGAUGAGUUUCAUGUGACGAACAUAAAAAUGUUUUAUUGUCAAGAUUACACAGCGUUCAGGACUAGACAGACCUGGAUAGCUGACUCUAAUUAAUCACUGAACCUGUGAAAUGUGUUUGUCUGAAGCACUUGUAGUCUCAAACGUCAGAAAUGUCCACAAAAGAAAUAACGUUUAUUAUCCAUGAAACAUCUGCUGUCACCUGAAAGCUUAUGAAAUGUCGCCAUACCGUAACAUUUUGGUGUUGUUCUGUAGUGGUGAACAACAGAAACCAUGUUGUUCUGAAACCAUUGGCUAAUCAACACAAUCAAAACAAAUCAAUAAUUGAACUUUGAGGAUGUGCUGCUCUCCUCUGUUUUAUAUCAUUGUAAAGUCGACAUGACUGUUGGUCAGACCAAACAUUUGAAGCUGUUGCGUUGUUCCUCUGAUGAAUUUCUCAUGUGCAUUUUACAAUAUUUUUGAGGUGCUGUCCUUCUGGCCUCGAGAUACGAUUUUUAAGAUAAAUUUCCUUUUUGAAAUGUCCUUGUUUCCUUUAAACCUUUAUCACUCUGAACUAUUGAGUCCUUUUUUAAAUUGUACUGUUUGGUUGUUGUAUCCUGAUAUUCACUAACAUCCUCAUUCAUACUUAUGUGUAUAUUAAUAAUGAUGGACUAUGAUCAUUUUGUUUGCUUCCUUGAUAAGUGCUUUUUUAACAGUGUUGUAAACUAAUCAUUUGUACAGACUGUAGUGUUGAAAUGAAUUGUGUGCAUAUGAGUAUGAGGUUGUAAAUGUUGUGAUAAAUGAAAUCAAAGUAUCACUGCCAACUCCGACGUGUUUGUUUUUAAAGACCACGUGUUCUUU